CCACAUUCACCACCACCACCCUUAAUUCUCUCUCUCUCUUUUCUACGUUAAGGCUCUCUCUUCCUCUCGAUCUCUCUCUCUCUGAGAAGUAAAAAAGACAGAGAGAAAGAGAAAGAGAGAAAGAAAAUGGCCGUUUCAGGGGCUUCAUUCGGAUUGGUGGCUAUCAUUUUCUUUCUCAUCUUGCAAAUGGCUCAGGCACAAUCUCCCGCUCCCGCGCCCGCGCCCACUAGCGACGGGACCUCAGUAGAUCAAGGAAUAGCAUAUAUGCUAAUGCUGCUGGCGUUGGUACUCACCUAUAUCAUCCACUAAUGCACUCACUCCACGCUUCGUCAUCCCCUUAGAAGUUUAGUUUUUAUUUUUCAUCAUGGAUGUAUUUUACAUUAUGUUGUUAGGAAAAGGUGAAAGAGUGUAUUUGGAAUGGGUGGUAUCCACCAACUUGGGGAAAUGGCGGGGAGAGAUUUCAUCAAAUUAAAGCCCUAUGUAUGUACUUAAUUUCAUACCCAAAUGACAAUUUUAUUUUAUUUUAUUUUUUUUUCA